UUCUUAACCCUAACCUUCUUCUUCUCUUCUUCCUUCUUUUCGUCCCUGCACGUUGGAGUUACUAGCCAGAGCUCGUAGCAGCACCACAUUCCUACUCUGCCAAAAUGGGUAUCUCUCGUGAUUCCAUGCACAAGAGGCGUGCCACUGGUGGCAAGAAGAAAGCUUGGAGGAAGAAGAGAAAGUAUGAGCUUGGGAGGCAGCCAGCAAACACAAAGCUGUCAAGCAACAAGACAAUUAGGAGAAUUAGGGUUCGUGGUGGAAAUGUGAAGUGGCGUGCUUUGAGGCUUGAUACUGGGAACUAUUCUUGGGGGAGUGAGGCUGUUACUCGCAAAACAAGGAUUCUUGAUGUGGUGUACAAUGCAUCCAACAAUGAGCUUGUUCGGACUCAGACGUUGGUCAAGAGCGCCAUUGUUCAGGUCGACGCGGCGCCCUUCAAGCAGUGGUAUCUGCAGCAUUAUGGCGUUGACAUUGGUCGCAAGAAGAAGAUUGCAGCUUCUACCAAGAAGGAAGGAGAGGAUGGUGAAGCUGCAACCGAGGAGGUGAAGAAGAGUAACCAUGUCAUGAGAAAAUUGGAAAAGCGAAAACAGACCCGGGUGCUUGAUUCUCACAUUGAAGAGCAAUUUGGGGGUGGUCGCCUUUUGGCUUGUAUCUCAUCCCGACCUGGCCAAUGUGGCCGUGCUGAUGGAUAUAUAUUAGAGGGCAAAGAGCUGGAAUUUUACAUGAAGAAGCUUCAAAAGAAGAAGGGCAAGGGCGCUGCUUAAGAUAUUAUCUAUCUUCCUACUUUUUGUAUCAGAAUUUCUUGAUGGUCUUAACUAUCCAGUCAGAUUAUUAGUUUUACUAGGAAGUGUACUCUCUUGUGGAGGGAAUGUUUUAUGGUGUAAACAUGGCCAGGAACUUCUAUUUCUUUACUUAGAGUGAAUCCUGUUUAAAUUGAUUAUCUCCACCAUUACAAUUUUAUAGUACAUUGACUCUCUCAUCUUGUGUUUUCCUGAACAUGAUGUCAAAAAGUUUUGAAUUUUGUUUC